AAAGCGGCUUUUUUUUUCCCUACCUCAGGCUCAAACAAGUCUGCGUCUGAGUUGGAGGCUUUGGCCCCGCCCAGAGGGGGCUCUCCCCGACAGCCCCCGGCACGAGGGGCGGAGCUUCUGCCAGCUCGUGGGAAGCUGGCUCCCUCGCUCGUGCAGCGGCGCCUGUCCUGAGGGAGGGGCCUCACUUCUCCUGGUGGUGGCGGCGGAGUCGGAGCUUGAGUCAAGGAACCAAGUUGUGUACACGACAGCCCUGCGUGGAACCUGCUUGUGAGGGCUCCUGUCAGGCCACAGCCUCAAUACCACAUUUGGAAGUGACGUGUGCGGUGUAUCUGUGAUCCAUUUGAGUCCUAGAAAGGCACAAAUGUCCAGCUGAGUCCACGCUUUGCUGGGAACACAGCUGGAGUGAGAGUCAAAGCAGCUGGAUCACAGGUCCAGACCACCACAGUUCACGUGACUGAGGGGAGUGGCCUUGUGCUCUGCGUCACUGCGGGGGCGGAGCCUUCUCUGAGCAGUGCCUGUGAGUUCUGCCCAGCAAGUCUUGGGGGAGGAGCUGCAUUUUACCAGGCUGCAGCUGACAAGAAGCGUCAAGUCUCGGUUAAUAUCGGAGGUGCAUGUGGUGUGGGAACUCUCUACAUGUGAUUCGUAGGGUGAAAGGUCUGUCGGGAAAUCAACUGGCUUGAGAGUCAAGAUAGUUGGAUCACAUUGCGGGAUCAUCACUGUCCUCGUGACAGAGGUAUCUUCCAGAGUUCUCUUAUUCAAACAACAUGUUCAAGUAUCCUGGGGACUAAUUGUGGAAGAGAACAGUGCACAUAAACCAUAGACUCUUUGUGUUUCUAAAUCAAAAGAAACUUUAGUAAGACUGUUGUUGUGAUAGAAUUUGAAUUUGUAACCACAAGGCCAAAUAAUCUCUUUUCUGUAACACUAACUACUUGGCAUACUAAUCUAAAUCAUAAUGGAUGGUGAAUAUGUCCUAUGUAAUUGGAAAGAACAGUUAUGGCCAGCAAAAGUUUUAUAUAGCUCUGAAACUUUGUCAAACAGUAAAAGGAAAAAGGCAUUUUCCCUGGAAGUUCAAAUACUUUCACUAGAUGAGAAAAUUACCGUGGACAGCAAAGACGUAAGAGUCUUAAGUAAAUCUGAGGUUCAGACCAUUGUGUCCUUACUAGCAGUAGAAUCAGAGGUCAGAGUUCCGCCUAGGGAAGAGACAGCCUAUGAAAGAUCACUGAAAAUGGCACUGGAAAUCUUGAAAGGGAGAACAACUCAGAGCCAAGAAAGCAUGCCGAAUGAAGAGGGCACCACCGUAGCAUCUGAACGUGUACCACCAAAGCAGUCUGAUUCACCUCCUCCUAAAAAGUAUCGGAAACUUGAAAGCAACCUCCAAGAAGAUUCAGCUUCCAUGUUACUGUGCUCCGAGAGUGAUGAUUCCCUAUCUGAUGAUAAGCUGCAGGUGCACACAGCCAUUGAGAGUAUUGCAAGUGAAAAUGAAACAAAGGCAUCACAAAACUUCAGCUGGUGCCAAACUUACCCUUCAUUUCUGGAUGAUGAGGAUGAUAAAAAAGAAGAAAAGAAAAAGGUUGACAUCUCAGCGGUCAUGUCAAUGAAUUUAUCCCUCAAAGAGGAAACUGAAGACAUUAAAGAAGAAAAAUUUGUCCCACCAGCAGAAGAUCUCGUUGUACCUAAGGAGGAGGCCCAAGACAUCCCCCUACAGGUACCAACAGUUUCGUCUGAAUUUUCAACCUUCCCAGAGAAUGAUAUGGAAGAUCCUGGAGAGGGCCCAUCAAAUCAGAAUCCAUGCUUCUAUGGCAGCCAAAAUCAGUCUUCUGGGGAAUCAGAUAUAGGUCCUGAGAGCUCCCUUGCAGGGUGCUCAGGGGAAUAUCAGGUUUCACUUCCUGCCUGUAAUCCAGUCAAUAGUGAUCUACUACUUCAGAAACUAGAUUUAGAAGAUCUUGAAGAAGAAGCCCGAGCUUCUGGCAAGCUACUGUCUCUGAAUCCUGCUAGUGCAGCUGCUUUAGAUAAUGACAAUGAAGAUGAUGAUGAAGACCUCCCUCGCUUCAUUCUCUGCUAUGAGACACGUGCAUUUGAAACUGGAAUGAUAGUGUGGUUUAAAUAUCAAAAAUACCCAUUUUGGCCAGCAGUGAUCAAAAGCAUUAGGCGAAAAGAGAGGAAAGCUAGUGUACUCAUGGUUGAGGCAAACAUGAAUCCUCAAAAGAAAGGUGUUAGAGUCUCUUUCAGAAGAUUGAAAAAAUAUGACUGUAAAGAGAAGCAGGCUCUAGUGGAGAAAGCUAGGGAGGAGUACCGAGAAAGUAUCGAUUGGUGCGUGUCACUCAUCUGUGACUACAGAGUUAGACUAGGCUGUGGUUCUUUUACAGGCUCAUUCUUUGAGUAUUAUGCUGCUGACAUCAGUUACCCAGUCAGGAAAAUAAUCAAUCAAGAUACCUUCAGAAACAUAUUUCCGAAGAUACAUAAUGAAGACACAGGGGAGCAAAUGGCUGUGGCAUCCCACGCCAAGAGACUAUCUUUCCAGAAAAUUCUCCCUGACCGGAUGAAGCCUGCUCGGGACCGAGCUAACAAGAACCUGGUAGAUUUCAUUGUCAAUGCAAAAGGAGCAGAGAACCAUCUCUUGGGCAUUUUAAAGGGUACAAAAAAAUCCAAAUGGCUUAAAUCAUUUUUGAAUGCAAAGAGUUUCACACCCUGUAUUGAAACAUACUUUGAAGACGAAGAUCAACUGGAUGAGGUGGUGAAAUACCUACAAGAAAUCUAUAAACAAAUCGAUCAGAAGAUGCUAACUCUGAUAAAAGAUGACAAAAUUAAGUUUAUCUUGGAAGUUCUUCUACCAGAAGCAAUUAUUUGCUCAAUUUCUGCUGUUGAUGGCUUAGAUUAUGCAGCAGCUGAGGCAAAGUAUCUAAAGGGACCAUCCCUUGGCUACAGGGAGAGAGAAUUAUAUGAUUCCAAAAUCAUAUUUGAAAAGAGAAGGAGGUCAUUAGCAAAUGCCCAGAGUUGAAACCAUUAUGAAAGCUAGAUGAAAUUUUGGAAGAGUAACCAUCUAAAAUUUCCAACAUGUAAAUAUUUGCUGAAAAUGCAGGGGAGGUUCCUUGAAUCUAAGUUCUUUUAUUUUUUUGAAGAUCGGUGUGAUCUGCAGAUACCACUACAUCCAUCUUUAUUUUCUUGCGCUUUUUCAGAAUCAGCUUUGUCAAUAUAUUUUUAGCAGUUUGAUUUUCUAAUACAUUUUAGAAUUCAUAAUUCUUAAGUGAUUUUAAGGAAACUACUAUUUUGUUCUAUGAUUUUUUUUGUGUCUUUGCUGUAUAGGCAAAUGCAGUAUGCACAUUCAGUUUAAUAAAAAUUGCACUGGUGUUAGAUUUUAAGCAAGAGAAUUAGAAAAGAUGUCUAAAACAAAUAUCAGUUAUAUAUUUUUGCUCAAUUUUUUAUAAAAUAGUUUGUUUUCUCUUAAGAUAGCUGAAUUAUUUUUCCUGUCAUGCCUAUUUAUUUUUGGGAAAAAUAUCUUUAAAACAUAGAACCAAAGAUAGACUAAAUGUUGCUACAUAUUAUAACUAACCACAAUUGCUUUUGAAGAAAACAGUCUAAGAUUAAAACGUAAAUGGGUUGUCUGCAUGUAGUGUGUGUGUGUGUGUGUGUGUGUGUGUGUGUGUGUGUGUGUGCGCGUGUGUGUGUGUAACAUCUCAGAAGCAUGCAGAAAAUGACUUUGGCAUCCAUGAACAGAAUUGUUCAUUUUACACUUCUCUGAAAUUCCGGUUUGAGGAGUGUCUGUCUUUUGAUGCUAAAAUCACUUUUUAAAACAGAUAAGCUUCUGACUAUCUUCAUAACUGUGAGCAGGUCUUAUUACUAUAGCUAGCUAAGCACAUAUAGAAGACCGUUACAAUUAGCAUAACAACAGUCCUGCCACUCUACAGUCAAGGGUUGCUGCUUCAAUAUCUAUCUAGUUUGAUAUAAACUAGAAAAAGCAAGCACUGUGUUCACAAUCCUGUCUCCAAAUAGAAAUUCAUUUGUGUCAAACCAAGCAAGCUUUAGCAUCUAGAUGAUUUAUAGAAUGGUUCCAAUUGGUUCCAGUAACAUAAAUGCCAACUGGUAAAUCAUUCCAAACUACUAGAUGGACCAGAAUCUGGAAACUUGGAAAAAUGUUACAGCAAAAGUUCUUUAUUGCGGUAUGUGGCAGUUAUUCUGUAUAUGGUUACACAUACAAAAUUAGUUGUUCUUGUAACUUGAAACAAGAUAUUUUAUAAGACUAAAUCUUAGAAAAGCUAGUAUAUUAAAAAAACUUGAUGUGAAAAUAUGUAUUAAGGGCUUAACACAAACCUAUCCACAUUUUUACCUCAUAGAGUGAAACAACAUUUGCUCUUGGGCUCUUCUUUUGUGUCAUUUCACAUGGCUAUGUGUUUAUGUACACUUUGCGAAGUUUUGGCAUUUGAUUUAUAAUAAAACCAUUGUAUCCUUCACUUUAAAUGUUCAUUUCACUUUAGUUGUAUAGAAACAUUGUGCUGUUUGUAUAAAUUAAUAUAUGUAUAUGCAUAUAUAUGUGCACACACAAUUUGUUUAAAACUUUUGCUCGUUGUCAUCAUUUAAUUCUUGUUAUAAAUUGUUAUUCUA